AUGUUCAACAUCCUCGCUGCGUGGCGCUUCUUCGUCGGGAUCGGCAUUGGCGGCGAGUACCCUGCCGGCAGUGUUGGCUGUGCAGAGUCUACCGGCGAGCUGAAAUCCGGUUCAAGAAACCUCUGGUUCAUCAUGUUCACCAACACUAUGAUCGACUGGGGCUUCGUUAUCGGCGCAUUCGUCCCGUACGUAGUCGCCGCAGCCUGCCACAAUGGCCACUACAGCACCAUUUGGCGCACUAGCUUGGGCAUCGGUGUUGUGUUCCCCAUGAUUCUGUUUGUCCUCCGUCUGUUCGUGAAGGAGCCGGAAGAGUUCCAGCGAAACUCGAUGCGCUACGCCAAGACGCCUUAUCUGCUUUCACUCCGUUUUUACGGGUGGCGCCUCUUCAUUGUCAGCUUGAUUUGGUUCAUUUACGAUUUCUCUGCCUACUCCUUUGGCAUCUACUCGUCAACCAUUCUGAGCAACUUGUACGGCGACACCGCGCCUUUGACCACUGUUUUCGGCUGGAACACCGUCAUCAACCUGUUUUACAUCCCGGGUACUAUGCUUGGUGCUCCCGCAUCUGACUGGCUGGGCCCGCGGUACGCUCUUGCUGUGGGCGUGACCUUGCAGGCUAUUGUCGGCUUCAUCAUGGCCGGCGACUACUUCAACUUGUCACAGCCGGGAAUGGUGGGCGGGUUUGUUGUUGUUUAUGGUAUCUUUUUGGCCCUCGGCGAGUUUGGUCCCGGCAACAACAUUGGCUUAUUGGCGGCCAAAACCUGCGCCACGGGUAUUCGCGGUAUGGCUAGUCCUAUCAGUUUCAAUUCACGCAUGAUUUCAGAAUACUAA